AUGCUCUCGUUUAAAACUCUUUGCGCUACAGCUUUCGCUCUUACUGCCGUUUCUGCUGCCCCUCAGGCUGACCCAUUUGCUUUUGCUAAUGCAAUCGGACUUCCAGUUGCAGCAGAGGCAACUUACGCUUGUCAUGCCUCUUGUGGUUACGCUAUUUUAGCUGCUCGUCAAUGUUCCCCAACUGGCUCCGAGGACGCUAACUACAACUCCACCUGUCUGUGUGCUUCCGACAGUCAAUUCUUGUCCUACGUCCCAGCCUGCCUUGACUGUGGAUGGUGUCUGUGGAGUGACUACGGAUCCUUCUUGACCUCUGCUUUGGCUGAAUGUCACACCAACACCCAGCCAACUGGUACUACUUGUGCCCCAAGCACUGCUCAAGCCGCUGCUACCUCUUCUGUUGCUGCUGCAGCCAGUGAAGUCUCUUCUUCGUCGGCUGCUGCUUCUUCAACUCAGGCUGCCGCUGCUGCUUCCACUUCUGCUGCUGCCUCGACUGAGGCCACUACUUCCGCUGCUGCUGCUGCUACUUCUUCCUCUGAGGCUGCUAGCUCAUCUGCCCAUGUUCAUAGCCAUGCUGCUGAGUCCACCUCCGCUGUUGAGUCCACUUCCGCUGCUCACUCCCAUGCUGCUGAGUCGAGCUCCGCUGCUCAUUCCCAUGCUGUCGAAUCCAGCUCCGCUGCUCAUGUUCAUUCCCAUGCCGCCGAAUCCAGCUCCGCUGCUCACAGCCACGCUGCUGGAUCUAGCUCCGCUGCAUCCAACUCUAGUGGACAUAUCUCCACUUUCUCGGGAGCUGGUGCUAAACUCGCCGUUGGAGCCGGAGCCGGUAUUGUCGGUCUUGCAGCUCUGCUUAUGUAA